UAUAACCUCAAAUUGAAGCUCUUGCGGUAUUCGUAUAUUUUAACUACAAAAUUUUGAUAAAAAUCAACACGCAAGAGUUUUGGAACAAAUAUUAAUAAUAAACAGUGAAAGAGAUAAGGUUAUUGGUUACGAUUCAUCACGGAAAAAGUCAAAAAUGUAUAUUUAUCAAUAAAUAUUCAAAAAUAAAAGAAACAUUGAGUGAGGAAGCUGCCAAAAAAACUUUUUUUCCAUUCUAAAAAUAAUGAUGGCGACUUCUUUAUCAUCAUAUUGGGUUAAAUUUUUCACUGCUGCUGGAUUCCCACUUGAUGUAGCAACUAAACAUGCUGUUGUCUUUUCAAAUAACCGUAUCAAGCCUGAUAUGCUUCCAGAUUUAGAUAAACCAAGUCUGAAAGAAAUGGGAAUAACAUUAAUGGGUGAUAUGAUAGCUAUUUUACGUUAUGCCAAGAAGGUUACAGAAGAUAUGACAUGUGAAAAAUUUUUGGUUGACACUGAAGAGCCAAAACUAAUAUCAAAGUCACCAAAUAAUCCAAAAGUUAUUCAAAAGAAGGUUGUUACGAAGAUUUCAAGUGUUGGAGUUGUGAAUAAAUCAACCGAAGGCAAAGACAUGAAGUCUGUUGCUACUAAAAAUAAUCUAAAGAAUCUAAAACCGUCUUCUAGUAUCUCUACAGUCCCAGGAUUAAAGAAAAAAUUAGUAUCAUCUGCCACGAGAGUCGUAACACCAUUAAAAAAAAGUUUAGUAGCUGACACGAUGCCUAAAAAAAGGAAAGUUAUUGAAGUUAUUGAUGAUCUCGAUUCAAGUGAAGAUGAAAGUGAUGAUAAUCAAGUACAAAUACAGAAACGACUUAAAACAUCUAAUGAUGAUGGUGUUUAUCAGGUAAUAGUGAAUAAGAAGAAUAAUUUAAGAGGUCAAGAUAUCAGAGAAGUCACAAGUAUUGGAAAAAAAACUAACGAUCAAAAGAGAACUGUUUUUGAUCGAUUAGGAGACAGUUCUGUCACCAGUACUACUAAUUUAAAUGAUAAUAAUACCACAUUUAGUAUUACCGGAAUUGGUACUGAUGCUAUUAAAAGAAAUUCAAGUGUUUUUAAUCGACUGGGUGAUAAAGAUUUAAAAAAAGAUUCCAACAGUGCUGGAAUAUUAAAAAAUGGUAAUAAUCUCCAACCUCAAGGAAUUUUAAAAAGUAAACCUGUUGGUUCAAGUUUGAGAUCUCCAAGUGUUCAAAUGGUUAAAUUAAAUACUAAAGGAAUGAAAGUUAAGACUGGAACAAUGCAUGCUGAUCAUGAAGGAAUUAAAAAAGUUUCCACAAGUAUUAAACAACUUGUACGAAACACCAAAGCUAUGAAGUUAAAUAAUGUUCCUUCUAUUACGAGAAAAAUUCCUAAUAAUAAAUUAGCUUCUGAAAGAAUAAAUUCAUUACCAGCUAAAGCACGACUUGGACUUGGUGGUUUACAAAAGCAACAAAAGCAAGUGACAUUUAACAAAGUAGCAACAGUGACACAUAUUAAAAAGCCUGGUGUAUUUAGUAGGCUUGGCAUUUAAAUGAGCUUUUAAAAAAAAAAAAAAGAAAAUUAAACAUGCACAAUUUCGAAAAAAAAAAACAUUAUUCAUACUACUUUACUGUUUAUAAUAAUUCAUAAUGUUUAAAUAUUAUUUUUAAUAAUUAAUAGUAUCAUUAAUUUAAUCACAUACUAUAAUAUUUGUCAUGUUAUCAUUGAAGCAUUUUUAACAAAAGAA